GCCCACGUGGGAGCCCCAUUUCAUACAACUUUAAAAUAGCCCAAAAACCACUAAAUUUAAACACAAGUAACACCUUCAAUUCUCUGCAUUAUUCUUCAAACUUAUUAUAGCUACAAAAUUCAAAUUGACAAGACUUUUAGAGCAUUUUGGAAUAUAAAUUACAGGUAAAAAUUUAAAGAGGCUGGAAGAAGAAGCGAUACUCUGCAAGUUCAGAUCGAAUAUCUUCAUCCUCAGCCUUACAGUCAUCUUCGUCAUCGUCGUCGUCUAACCUUUAUCUAUCUUUCCUUGAUCACACAACUUUUAGAGCCCAUAAUUUUAUGUUUUGUUUAUAAUAUAAGUUAAGCUUACUUAACUUAGAUUUAUACGAUUCGUACGUAUAAAUACAUACACCUCCUACACGUUUAGAAAUGGGAAAAACCUAUAAAAGAGCCCUUUCUUUGUUCUUCUCCUCCAUUACUUGCUGUUUCUUUGGUUAUAAACAUACUCAUCAUCGUGCACAUAGUCUUCAAAAUCGCGUUCGUGUUACAAGUAACUUUAGGUACUUCUCCUACGACAUGCCUAAGUCGUCUCGCCCGUUGUCUCUGCAGACCGUGGAACUAAAGGUUCGUAUGUGCUGCACGGGAUGUGAAAGGGUUGUCAAGGAUGCCGUUUUAAAACUUAGAGGAGUGGAUUCGAUAGAUGUCGAGCUUCCAAUGGAAAAGGUGACAGUUAUAGGAUAUGUGGAUCGCAACAAGGUGUUAAAAGCUAUAAGAAGGGCGGGAAAGAGGGCCGAGUUUUGGCCCUACCCUAACCCUCCUCUCUAUUUCACAUCUGCCACCAACUACUUUAAGGACAUGACCCAUGAUUACAAAGAGACCUACAAUUAUUAUCGACAUGGUUACAAUGUUGGUGAUAAGCAUGGAUCCCUUCCAAUUUCUUCUCGUGGAGAUGAUAGAGUUAGUAACAUGUUUAAUGACGACAAUGUCAAUGCUUGCACCGUCAUGUAGUUAUAAUGUUGUAACAACUUUAUUUAUUAUCUCAUUUAGCUAGGAAUCAUGUAUAUGUACUAGCUACUUGUAUGUAUUUUAUUAUGUACUAAUCUUUAUGCCUCCUAUAGAUCUCAAAAAAAAAAAAAAAAAAAAAAAAAAAAAAAAAAAAAAAAAAAAAAAAAAAAAAAGAGUAAAUAGGAGUGUGUCGUAGGAAUAUGUAGUUCCUUUAUAGUUAUGUGUUAUGCAUCUCUUGUGCCAAAAAUGUAUGGUGUAUUGGUGUUAUUGUUGAUCUAUCAACUUAGAUGUUGUCAAUUAAAAAAAUGAUUAAUAUGUAUGUUACAUUACAUUGUCAACAAA